AUGAAUUCUAUUUUAGACAGAAAUGUUAGAUCUAGCGAAACCACAUUAAUUAAACCUGAAGCUGAAUUUGAUAACUGGUUGUCCGACGAAAAUGACGGGACCGGUAAUCUCAUCUCCAACAAAGACUCUUCAUCGGUUCUUUCUGCAUCUUCCUCCACAUGGUUCGAACCCUUGGAAAACAUUAUCUCCUCUGCAUCUAGUUCCUCGAUAGGCUCCCCCAUCGAAGACCAAUUCAUAUGUUCAAAUAAUGAACAAUCCGCUCUUUUCCCAACAGACGAGUUUUUCAGUAAUCCUUCCUCUUACUCGAAUUCUCCCGACGCUAACAACAGCAACUCAGUAAAAAGAGAAGAGGAAGAUGAAGACGCUCUUUUAUUAGCGGACUUUGAACCGGCCUCUUUACAAUAUAUGCCUAACAUGAUGGACGGUGACAACGGCGAUGAUAACUCACUUAAAAACGAAAUUGAAUUAAACGAUCCAUUCAUGAAAACAGGAUUGGAUGCUAAGGAAACGAAAAAGAGGGCCCCAAGAAAAAGAUUAACCCCUUUCCAAAAGCAAGCUCAUAACAAGAUCGAAAAGCGUUACAGAAUAAACAUCAACACUAAAAUUGCAAGAUUACAACAAAUCAUUCCAUGGGUAGCAAGUGAACAAACCGCUUUCGAAGUAGGUGAUUCCGUAAAGAAGCAGGAUGAAGACGGUAACGAAACUGCCGCCGCUACUCCACUUCCAGCAACCGCCGCUACCAGUACGAAACUAAAUAAAAGUAUGAUUUUGGAAAAAGCUGUCGAUUACAUUUUAUAUCUUCAGAACAACGAGCGACUAUACGAAAUGGAAGUUCAAAGGUUGAAAAGUGAAAUUGAUACUUUGAAACAAAACAAAAAAUAA